GGAAAUGCGAGAGAUAUAGAGUGGGGUAUAAAAGGGGGCCAAAUAUUUAUGCUUCAGUCGAGACCCGUAACUAAUUUAGACAACUCUUACACCGACUACGAGAUUAUGCACGAAGUGGACACUCCUCACCAAACAGAGUUUGAGAUCUACUCCCGGGCCCAUUGGGGCGAAAACUUUCCCGGCGCCUCGUCUUGGCUGGUCUUCACCUGGACCUUUGCCAACAAAAGCCAAUUUUUUCGGUUUGGUUUGGCUAAUGGGAGAACCACUGAAGAUGACUACAACCCGUAUACGUUACAAAUGGGCAUUCAAUACAAUCAAUUGAUGUUUAACUUAACAAACUCAGUUUUUAGUGAGUUUUUUGGCGAUUACCCGGAGUCUGAUCAGGCGAGUCAAAUGAUUUUGGCUUUCUUUGGCCAUCACAUCGAAGACAAGGAUGUAUUGGAUUCAUUCAAACAGUCGAAAAAGGAAAUAAAGAAAAUAAAUCUGAUCAAGGACAAAACUCAUUACAUGGAUGUUCUAAAGUUUGAUAUGGUCUCUAAACUGAAAGGGAUUCCCAAUUCUAAACAAAUAUUAGAUGAGAUUAUAGCCAAUUACAUGGUGAUGGCAAUGACUCAGUUCAAGAAUCACGGGCCGGCUUCUAUGGGCUCAUCCAUUAAACACAUGUUUCUAAGGAAGGCAUUGGAAGGAGCAAAAGAGAAUAAUCCGGAAUUGGAGUCGGAUUUCAAUUUACUGAUCUCUUCGUGUAAUGAAGUAAUCAGUGCUGAAGUGCCCAACACUUUGAGGGAAAUCGCCAAAUCCAUAAAAGAUAAGCAAUUAUUUAGACAAAUGAGUGAUGAAAUGGCGUUAAAGACACUGAUGGAGGGGACGGAUGAGAGCUCACAGAAGUUUAAGGACUUUUUGGAGAAACACGGCCACAGAGGAAAUGGUGUCGGAUAUCGAGAGUUAUCGAAAUAUUUCAUGAUUUGGAUGAAUAAUAAGCAAAAACAGGCCUUCCGUUAUUUGGCUAAUCAGAUGGUCAUCGAAGGACUCAUUCCAUCCGCGGAAACCUUCUUCUAUCUGACGGCUGAAGAGGUUGAGAGCCUUUGUAAUGGAAGUAGAGAUCCGCUUAUAUUUGCAAAAGUGAGACAAAGGAGAAAACUUUACCCAAAAAUGGAUAAAUACAAGUUUGAUGAGUUCGUAAAGGGUCCACAAAUGAAACCUAGAAAUUUUGAAGAUCGUAUUGUUCCUCCAACUCUGGGUUCAGGUAUGGUUCAGAUGAAGGGAACGCCUGUUAGUAAUGGAUCAGUUCGAGCGAGAGUUUGUGUCUCUGAGGAUAUCACUGAAGCUGAUACCGGGAGAUAUACUGAUCACAUACUCGACAGACAUCGGUUGGAGUCCAUACUUCCCUCUACUGUCGGGUAUUAUCACAGAAAUCAGAAGUACUCUUUUGUCACUUCUAUUCCCCCAUAA